AUGGCUUCUUCUGCCGCAAACGCAGCCAACGACCGUCGUCGUCCUCGGGCCUCAAACUUGAAUCUCGAAGAAGUCAGAAACGUGAGACCCCAACUGAGAACCGCUUCAUUUCCUCCAGGUGCGACUGCUGCUUCUCAACCAGCAAGACGUCCUGGAAUGGCCGGCUCUUCCUCUUCAUCUGCGGCUCCAGCUCCCCCUCCUCCACCAGCAUAUGCGGUGAGAACAGAAGAGGCUCUGCUACAGGCACUGGUUCUGGAGGUAGAGCAAGCAGUUGAAGAGAUGAUGCAAGAUGAAUCUCCUCUUGGAGAUAGCCAAACUGACUCAACGGCUGCCACAAGAACUUCAAAGCGCCUUCUCCUAAAUGAAGAAUACAUCAAGCGUGGACAGACACGCAGGGGCACCAUUUAUGGUCUUGGCAAUUUCCAGUACACUAACAAGCAUCCUUCUGAGUCUGUCCCUGCUGCACUCAAGCGAGACAUAAACGUGGAGAAGAGGGUUUCUGGCCUGGAGACUGAGUUGCAUGCUUUGAAGACUGACUUCAAUGAAGGCAAUGCUAGACCUCAGGCAACUCUCGACAUGAUUCUGCAACUUCUUCAGCCUCAAGCUUCUUCUGCACAAGCAAGUCAGUCUCAGCAUCGCUCUCCCUCUCAUUCUGCAGCUCCACCUCAAGGUCAAGCUCAACCUGAAGGUCACGGUCAAGCUCCAACUCCACCUCACGAUCAGCCUCAAGCUCCAGGUGACACACAACCUCAACAACUCAUCACCACUAACGAUUCUAAUUUAGGAGCUAUGGCUGUUUAUGUAUUAUGUGGUUUCAUGUUUUGUGGAUCUUUUGAACUCUUAAGGAGCUAA